AUGAUUGGACUUUUCUUCUCCAUUUUGUUGCUUCUUCACACAGUAGAGGGAAAAACACAGGUCGGAACUUGUAAAAGAUUGUUACAGGGCUAUCUUACAGGACAACUGUCGUCUGCUUUAGAGAUAGAAUUUCUGAAGCAGGAAUAUAGAAGGUUCACAGAGGUUAUUGAGAAAUCUGUGAAGAAAUUAGAGGGACGGGUUAAUGCAAGUUUCAGAAAGGAAGAUGAGGGAAAGAAAAGAAGUGUUUACACAAGAUGGGGGAAGAAAAGGUGUCCCUCUGAUACCGAAUUAGUGUUUUCUGGCUUCGCUGCAGGAUCAUAUCCUUCCGAUAGAUAUAUGAAUGUGGAGACUAUUUGUAUACCGAAGGAUCCGGAGUUGGGAAUCAAUUCUUUUAAUACAAUAAAUAACUAUGGAUCCAAUCUUUAUGGUGCAAUUUACGAAACCAGUAAUUCUUAUGAAGAUCAUGGUGUUCCCUGUGCUGUUUGUUUGGUUCAUAAUAGAUCUGUUAUAAAAGUAUUUCCAGCUAGAAAGACUUGUUAUAAAGGCUGGCGACUGGAGUACCAAGGAUACCUCAUGGCUGGUACAUCAUAUGUAUGUGUAGACAAACACGCAGACAAACUACCCAGUCCCAGGUUUCCUAAAACUUACAACAUGCUUUUUUAUGUUGGGGCUGUAUGUGAUGUUCUGAAAUGUCCACCUUAUGUUGGUGGAAAA